AUGGAGACGUACCACGGCCACGUCCGGUCACCGCAAGAUGCCAUCAUUCUCUUCGAGGCGUGCCGCAUGGGCGUUCUCCCCCGCGUCCAACGGAGACUGUCGGAGAAGGAGAGGCAGCAGAUUAAAUCAGGGUCAGUGUUUGUCUGGGACGAGCGGGAAGCUGGGAUGCGCAGGUGGACGGACGGGAAGUCGUGGAGCGCGAGCAGAGUUUCUGGCAGCUUCCUAACGUACCGGGAGAUGGAGGGCAAGAGAGGAGGCAACGGUAUCGCUCAGCCAGCACAACCCGCCAAAAAGUCUACGCCGAAGUCAGAGUCCGGCUCGAAGAACGGCGAGUCUGACGAAGACGGGCCCGACGGGUACCGCUACAAGCCGGACGGCCUCAUGAAGCAGUCGUUCAGCAUUACCACGCAGACUGGACAGCACUUGCACCUCAUCAGCUACUACGCACGGUCAUCGGCCAACGCAUCGCCCCUUCAACAACCCACUCAAGACCCAGCACUACGUCACAUCAGGCCACAGAAGGGCAUGUACCCGGAUUCCAGCGUCACCGAGAACCAAAAUGUCCCGGCUGUUACCCGCGGCCCUAUGGCCGGCUCAGUGUCACCGUAUGCUCCAGCAUUGCAACAGAUGAGCUCUUCGUACGGCCAUCCAGGCGCUUCUCCGCAUGGGUACGGACCGCCGCCCGGACAAAGCUGGCCACCAACGCCGCUUGGAACGCCACCGGCCUACUACGGCCAACCGGUCUAUUAUGUGCAACAAGGCCGCCAGUUUGUACAGUAUCCUAACCACAGUUAUCCGCCGAACAUGUAUCCACCCGCGCCUCCCACCGUCUUCGACCGCGUGCCCCCUCCGCUAGCCCACCCAAACUUUCCUCCUCCUCCAGCGCAUCUGACACACUACUCCGCACAACAAUCGCCCUACGCGCACAACCCUCCGUCGCACGCAGAACAUGCUGCGCAUAUUGCACGUCAAGCGGCGGCUUACCAGCAGUCGAUCAACCCAGGCCCCAAUACCUCAGCUCCCGGGCCACAACUCCCGCCACCUAGCGGCGUGACGGCAGCAGUAGCACAGCAAGAAAACGUACCUCCGCUUGCAGCAUCUCAGGCGCAUUCCGCAUCUGAGUCUCUCCCGCUUCCUGACCGCACAGCCCCGAUCAACACCAAUGUAGCAGCAGCAGCAGCAGCAGCAGCAAAUCCUUCUCCAACAGCCAAAGUGGUCCCCCGAAUCGACGCACUCAUCAACAGUGCGCCGGAGUCUGGACCCGAAAGCGCGCAGAGCGACAGUCGCGCUGGGAGCAGGAGUCCAGGCAGCAUGGCGCAACGCGGGGCGAAGGAUAUUCCGGGUGAUCGGAUGGGAUUUGCUGGGAAGGAUCAGAGUAUGCUUAGGAGAUUGGACAAGAGCUUUGCAGUUUGA